ACUAUAAAAUUGUGGUUUAUUUGUAUAAAGUGUCACCGUCGAUAUGGCGUCAAGUGAAGAAAUUAUAAAUCAAAACAAUAAUAUUUUGAUGUAAAAUAGGGAUCAUAAAUAAUGUAAUUGAUCGGGCUCUAUAUAAUUAAAGAAAAAAAUGGCCGUAGCACUAGAAUUGCCAGUCAUAGAUAAUGCGUGGGUCAAUUUUUGUGAAAGACACGCACAAGCAGCGGCCCAAGAUUUUUCCAAAAGUUGUAUUCAGUAUAUUACUAUGAAUCUAUCAGAAAAUGCUCGAUCAACAAUUACCCAUAAGGAGUUUUUGCGAAAGUAUAUUGAAGCUUUCAAAGAGCAAUUUGAAAUGGAUUUCAAUAAAAGGAGAUUGCAAAACACUAAAAUCUCCAAUGGUGUUAGUACAAAAAGUGAUGAAGUUACAGUUGAAAAUGAAGAUGAAUCUCCCAAGAUGCAACAUAAACCGUUUUUUAGAAGACUCAGUUUUAAAGUUCUUCGAAAAAGUAAAGAUUUAUUUCACAAACAGCAUUCAGAAGAUGGAGAUAUGAAUCACAGUAAGACAAAACUAGCUAAAAUAGUUGUAGAGUGCAGAAAAGAAGGUAUUGUCAAUUAUUCAACCCCAGAGAGCUUGGAUCAACCUGGUGGUCCUCCUAAAUGGGAAAAAUGUCGAUUGCAGCUAGUUAAAGCGACUGGUGGUUAUAUGCUGGAAUUCUAUUCUCCACCUAAAAAUCAUAAACCAAGAUGUGGAGUAUUCUGUGCCCUUAUUACUGAAGCAAGGGAGACAACAGCCUUGGAAAUGCCAGAUCAUGAGAACACUUUUGUAUUGAAAGCUAGCAACAAUAUGGAGUUUGUAAUAGAAGCUUUGGACACUGAUGAUAUGCGUUCAUGGUUGGCAACAAUUCGGUAUUGCAUGCGAUCUGGACCAGGAGGAAAUGAGGGAGGUCACGGUGAUCACAAAGAAUAUAAUCGUCCGGAAGCACCUGAUUUACCUCCAAGACAUAUUGGAGGUAGAGGCGGUGAUCGUUUGUCUUCUAGUUCCAAUUUUGAGAUUUGUCCUAAUACUGGAGAACUUAUAUCCAUGGAACACGAUAUUGGUCAAACUUUAAAGAAAGAACUAUGGUUCCAUGGUACGUUAGGCAGAUCGGAAGCUGCUCAACAAGUUCUGCAUGAUGGGGCUGCUGGACAUGGAAGAUUCUUAGUCAGGCAGAGCGAAACUCGAACUGGAGAAUUUGUACUGACUUUUAAUUUCCAGGGACGUGCUAAACAUCUCAGAAUGACGAUAAAUGACCAAGGUCAAUGUCGUGUUCAGCACUUUUGGUUUCAAACUAUAUAUGAAAUGCUUGAACAUUUCCGUUCUCAGCCCAUCCCCCUAGAAAGUGGGGGUAAUUCCGAUGUUACUCUUACUGAUUACAUUUUGAAUCCAAACGCUAGACAGCAGCAUCAAAAUUCGAUGGGUCGAAGUUCCACCAGUACGAUGACAUCAAGUUCCUCCCAACAGGCAGUUACUAAUGGCAAUGAGAGACGAGUACCGCCCAUUCCAGAAGUUAGACAAGUUCAAACUCACUAUGGUAGUGUUCGAACUCAAGAGACAUCUUUAGAACAAAUACAAGCUGAAGCUUCCGCUCGCGCUGUUGAUAAUCAGUACAGCUUUGUUUAAAUUAAGGUAAACUGCCUUUUUUAACUAUUCGCAUUUAUUGUUCAAUGAACUUAUACAAAAUAAAAAAUAUUGAAUUACUAUUAUGUUAAAGAAUAAAUGUAAAUUUUUAACCUUGUUUGUUUGUGCAAAAUAACGAAACAGAAUAAAGACUUAAAAUUAA